GAGGCCGCUAGCGGCAUGGGCCGGCCUAGCCGGUCAGCCGUGGAGUGCGUAGGAGCUUUCCCUACUUCGAGCUCCCUUGACCCUGGCGCCCAGACAACCUUGCUUUUGGGUGAGGAGCCUUCUCUGGUGAAUACCGCUUCAGCCCUCCUGGUGUGGCCGCGAGUCGGGUGAGUCUGGGGAGUCUGGGGUUCAGAGGAGUGCUCUCCUCCUGACCGCGGCGUCCGGGGAGCCCGCGGGACACCCACCUGUCUCUUCCCUGGUCCCCUGCUCUCGUGCGCCCCCCAGGGCAGCGUCCUGUCGGGACUUUCUGUCCUUGGAGGUUGCUCUGCUGUGCUCCAUCACCUCCUAAAGAUGCACCCUGACUUGUCUCCACACUUGCACACUGAAGAAUGCAACGCCUUGAUUAACUUACUUAAGGAUUGUCACAAAAAUCACAGCAUUCUGAAAUUUUUUGGUUAUUGCAAUGAUCUUGAUCGGCAGAUGAGAAAAUGCUUGAAGAAGGAGAUUUUUUUAUUACAGUUUAAUGAUUUUGCCAUCAUGGACUUGGUGAUUGAUCAUAUGAAAUUUUCUUCCCAGUACGUGGAAAAGAGGAUCAAGAGCAGGGAGCAUGGCGAUGCAAUGCGAAAGAAGCUCUUUAAUUCUCCAGAUGAAUCUGAAACAUAAAUUACAUUUUCACUGGAUGCCUUGGCUGAGUGAAGACCUAAAGACUCUUGGUUGAUAACCAAAAGAAUCCUGUUUCAUUUGGUCUCCAGAAUCUUUUGAACAGCAAGUGACCCACAAGAGAUCGAGCCAUGGAGAAACACGGAAACCCUGGACUCAGACUGUCCGUUGGGCAGAGCCUUUAGUACUCUGAUUCCUUUCCCAACGCCCCGACUUUUAACAUGCCGCUUUCCUUUGCCUGCAGCCACUUAACAUUUGAGCAACUGAUCCCUCCCUCAAUAAAAUCAUUGACUUUAA